AUGAAACUGUUUGUUAUUCUAUCACUUUUAGUUCCUGGUAUUCUUUGUAAAGGUUGUGUUCAGUUAGAUACUUACUCAUUUGAUAAGAUAACAUCAAAAUUUGAGGCAUCUUUGAUUAAAUUUGAUUCAGCAUAUCCUUAUGGUGCUAAGCAUGAUGCUUUCGAGGCAGUUUGUGAAGCUGCUUAUUCUUCUCCUGAUCUAUUAGUUGGCGAGGUUCAAGUAAAGGAUUAUGGAGAAAAAGAUAAUGAAGAUCUAGCUAAAAGAUAUGGUGUGACAAAAGAUGACUUUCCAUCGGUUAAAUUAUUCACAAGAAACAAUAAAGAACCAUUGCCAUUUGUUGUCAAAGAUGAUAAGGAGUUUACUGCUGAUAACAUGAAAAAAUUCAUUAGAUCUAAAUCUCAGGUCUACAUUGGGUUACCUGGAUGUUUGCAAGAAUUCGAUAAAAUUGUUGCAAAAUUUGUACGAGCUAAUAGUGCAGAGGAUAAAAAGCAGCUCUUGUCUGAAGCUGAAACAUUGUGGAACGCAGCCAAAGGAAACCGAGAAAAUAAGUCUGCUGAAACAUAUGUUAAGAUAAUGAGGAAAGUCAUUGAAAAAGGUAAUGCCUUUGUACUGAACGAGUCUUCUAGAGUUGAGAAUCUUCUAAAAGGCAAAAUCAACAAAGAGAAACAGACUGAAAUGCAAGAAAGAUUAAAUAUUUUACAGUCAUUUGGUACAACUCACGACGAGCUGUAA